AUGCCAGUCUGUGCACCGCUUCUCUCGACUCUGACUUCAACGGUUCUUUCCGUUAAUUGUUGUGACCCUCGUUACGCGUCCUCUGAACUAAUUUCUUGCUUCACACGGCUUCUACACUGUUUUUCAGUUACCCUUAAUUCUUUUGGUGGAAUUCUUUUGCCGUCCAUACCUGCGAUUCUUACUGGUCUCGUUUACCAGUUGGAGUGGAAUUCGGUCCUCCUCAAGUCCCAGCCCUCGGUCGAGGCCAUUCUUUAUAGGCUUUCUGUGUAUCGUGCGCUUUCUUCCUCCACUUGUAAUGCAUCAUAUUUUUCUUCUGCAGCAGUGAGAAGGACUUUUGCUCGAUUGAGUGCCGAAGUGUGUGACGAUUUAUCCUCAAUAAGCGACCUUUUCUCAAUUCGCCCUGACUAUACCUUUCAAAAUUCUGUUAUCUCUCAAGACCUCCGAAUGUGUGUACUUGUCGCAGCUUUAUUGCUUGUUGAACAUUUGUUUGUCCAGGUUCCAUCAGCACUGAAUACCUGUCUUAACAAUGGUGAUGUCCUUCGAGAAAACUUAGAUGAUGACUGCCCUUCGCAAAAACUCAAGAGUUCACUCAUGCAUCUUAGUGCCGCACUAUCCGACUUUGUCAGAAAGUUGAUUUACUUUAUGAAUGCUGCCUCAUUGUCGGUCAGCUCAUCACAUCUGCUGAGACCGCAUUUGUUGAUAUCCGUUCUUCGUGUGAUUGAAGCACUUACAUCCCACGCUUCUUUUACAUUUGGUUUGCUGCCCUAUCGGAAUUUCGUUCAACUUCUUUCAUGUCAUGAGGACAUAACAGUACGCAACUACGCAAAAAAAUUAUAUUCGAACUGCCUUCAGUCUUCGACAUCUAUUCGUUUGCCAGUGGACGAGGAUGUCCCGUCACCAAUAUCAGUGCUGACUUGCGAUGCAUCCGUUCAGAUAUCCGAUACCUUCUCACACAAACCUGAUACUUGUUGCCAGUCAACCGAGGCGCGUCUGUGCUGUUGUAGCCAAAACUUACAACCAGUUACCAACUACAAAACUUUGUCUCCAAUUUCGGAUCCCCCAGUCACUACCCGUGAAAAGCGUUCUGCUGAUGACGAAGACGAACCCGUAUCCAAAAAACAACACCUUGCGGAUCCGCAACCAUGCCUUGUUGAGCCAGUUGUUUUGCAAACUACCGUUACUCCGACCACUCAUAAGACGACAGAUGUUCUUGACGAAAAUCCCCUAGUUGAAAAUUAUUUAUUGUCAUUCGAUGCCACUUUGUCAUAG